AUGGACUACCCGCCGCCAUACGCGCCGUCACAGCAGCCGCCGUCGCACGCGCCGCACGCCAACAACCCGCCCUCCGCGCCGCUGCACGCCCACCAGGGCUCGCCCAUCCUGCCCUCGCAGUCGCACUACCCGCCCGGCGCCGCCGCACCGCCGUCCGCCGCCCAAGUGCAGCAGCAGAUGAGCUUCUCGCAGCCGUACGUGGCCAUGCCACCCGCCGCCUACGGUAUCUCGCCCACCCAGGCCGCCGCCAUGGCCACCGCCGCCGCCUCCGGCCAGUUCUUCCCGCUGCACCAGGACUCCAUGGGCGCCCUGGCCGGCCCGCCCGCCCGCUCCUCGCCGCGCAUGGCCCACGUCUCCAAGGACCGUCACGCCCGCUCCCCACAGCAGAUGGCCGCCGUGCCCGCCGCGCUGCAGCAGCAACAACAGCAUCAACAACAGCAACAACAACAACAGCAGCAGCAGCAGCAACAGCAACAACAGCAACAGCAGCAGCAGCGUCGCAUGAGCCAGCAGAUGACUAGCCCGCACGGCCAACCGGCGACGCUCACACACGCGCUCACGCGGCCCGGCGCGGCGCAAGCCGGCAUGCCUCCACCGUCCGCAGCAGCAUCCGCAGCGGGCCACCCAUCCGUGCAGCAAAGCCAGCCGUCACCGGAAGUCGUCACGGCAGCCGCAGCAGCGGCAGCGGCAGCGGCAGCACCGCCGGUCGAGGAGUCGCCGCUGUACGUCAACGCGAAGCAGUUCCACCGCAUCCUCAAGCGGCGGGUGGCGCGGCAGAAGCUCGAGGAGCAGCUGCGGCUCACGUCCAAGGGCCGCAAGCCGUACCUGCACGAGUCGCGCCACAACCACGCGAUGCGCCGCCCGCGCGGGCCCGGCGGCCGCUUCCUGACCGCCGACGAGGUCGCCGCCAUGGAGAAGGCCCAGAAUGCCAGCGCCACCGGCGUCGAGAAUAUCCCCGCGCCGCUCCACGGCAUGCCGGGAGGCAAGAGUGGUUCGUCGGCCAUGGGUGGUGGUGGUGGUGGAGUGAGUGCUGGGCCGAAGCGUAAGGCGAGCAGCACGUUGGUUAGCCAGACUAAGAAGUCCAAGCAGCCCGGCUCGCAUCAGCAGCGCAUGCAGAUGAUGGGCGGAGGUGGCCUGCACGACGAUGGCGACGAUGAUGGUUGA